AUGCAGAGUAUACGAGAGAUGGAACAGAACGGAGAAAAGAGCACGUAUAGCUGUCCGAAGUCACCUCUUUGCAAAAGCUUGGAUGUUCUCAGUGCCGCUGCUGCUUUCCAGGAAAAAGAUCGAGCUCCUAUAAUUCACCGCGAAAAUUUCGGAGAUGAACAGCAAAGACCUGCGACUUCUUUUGUAGAGCGCGAUUCGGGCCUUGUUACUGGGGGCGGUGGUGAUGAUAAAUCUAGCAAUACCCCCACCGCCGGUAAGAAGAUUACCCACAAGACCCCUCUGCCGAGCGACCGUAGAGACGGAUCAGAAAUGCCACUCGAUUCAACACUCAGUCCCUUACAUUCUCCACAUGUGCCACGGAUCAUCAAGGAGAUACCCAAUCCAAUUUGCCCUUUCCUGUAUAAUCACUCCAUCGGUAGAUUUUGUUUUCAUUGUCGAUAUAUGGAAAUGCCAUGGAGAGACAGACUUCCAGUGGCUCUCGACACGAACGGCAACAAAAUCCAAGUCCCCCCCCAAGGUGCAUUGCUAGAGGGUGUAAGAAACUUAACUGAGCCCUUCGAGAUUGCCCAGCUUGCUCUACUUAUCGAGUUUCGCAUCAUAGAACAAGAUCUUGCCACCAUCCCUGGUCUCGUUGCAACUUUUAAGUACUUCCCACAUUUGCAUGAUGUUGCUCAUAGAAUUGCAAAUAUGGUCAAAGAGCUUCGAACCUUGGCUGAUGAAGGUGAGAGCGAACGAGUACCACAAUGGUUCGAUACACUCCAUGAGUUGUUGAAAGAUCCCAAUUUGACGCACGACCGAUACUUCGCACAGACAACUGGAGAGUGGAACUUCCAAGCAAAGAAUCCAGCACCUGCCGUUAAAAAAGCUCGAAUCUCAACACGAUUUUUGACCGGUAUUCCAGUGAUGCUUACCAGAGAGGAUGCGAUAAACUAUGAAAACACUCGCGACGGGCGCACCGAAGCUGAGGCUCGUGAACUUAUGAAUCAUCUCAAUAGGAACGAGAGCAGAGGUCCAGGAUAUGUUCAAUUCACGUUCGACUUUGUAAGUUGGUUGAGGGAAGGAGCGCAUAGCACUGGUAAUGAUGCUCCACAAUGGAGUCCCCGCUACGUUCAAGAGUAUUAUACGCAUAUGUACCCCGCGUCUGCAUUGGUUUAUGGAACCAAAAUAAACGGCACACGAUCGCGUGGUCGGUUGGAUUUUUCAAACCGCCAUGACUCGACACCCAGAACACCACGUUUUCGCGAAGAGGCCUCGGAAGUUGAGCUCUACGAUAGCAAUGAUGAUGAAGAAGAACUUGAAGGGGCUUACUUUCGUAAGAUUCCAGAAGUUAAGAAGAAUACACCAGGUCGUGCCAAUGUUACAUGGCGUUUUGUUGAAGGAACAGACAUCACAAAUGCACAACUCGGAAACCCAGACCCUAGCAAGUUCUAUUUGACUCGCCAAAAUGUCGAUGAUCCCGAAGAAGUUGAUCUCCGUCAAUACGCACAAAUUGCCGGAUUUGACUGGAAUGAUCCUGCCGACAUCAAGAAGCUCAAUAAGGCUAGAGCUCAGAAUCGUAAGCGUACACAUGGUAACAUUGCCGAAACACGAAUUCCAUGGACACAGCUGGAAAAGGAUAAACUCUUUGAAGAGGUACAAGAUGCGAUUAGAGUCGGUGAGACAAGACAUACGAUUGACUGGGAUGAGAUCGCAGACAGACUCAGACAGAGAUUCGAUGGCUUUGUACAGAAGAAGGGAUCUAAGUUGGCACCAGGAGUUGAGAGAGAACUAAAGAAUGGCAAGAAAGAUAGAACUCUCAAGACUAGUCACAGCGACCGCGUAGGUUACAAUCGCACUGGCUCUGCAACGGAGACACAAGCCUUGAAAUACCCAGAUAUUCUCAAGUUGAUCAAUGAUGCAACUGGAAUUGGUGGAAAGGGAGGACGUGGCAUGCUCAGAGGUCCCUAUCGACCCCCGCAAGCUGCUGGUGACGAGAAGAAAGAAUCCAACAGUCAACCAACAAAGGAAGACACGCGCGUCGCCCGCAGCAGCUUUUCACAGGCUAUUAAUGAUGAACAAGAUGAGGAUGACGAUUCACCAACAAAGAAACACAAGAGUAGGGCUUCCGGCACGAUGUAUAAUGCGCCGACCAAAGAGCUUAAUCCGUUGGCAAAGCGAACUCUGGACCUUCCUAGCAAGAGAUUUGUGCACAUGUUCGAUGAUGUAUAUGAUACAGGAAAUGGUCGUGCAGCAAAGAAGCCAAAGAUUAUUCACCGUCGCUAUUCAAGCAGCCCACCUCCUCGUAUGUUAAAGAAGCACAACGAUAAUGAAGAGGAUGAUGGAUCACCACCUUCAACAUCCCAACCAUCUGCAUUGAACACUGCGUUUGGGUUGAAGCUUCCCAAGAGUAGUGCAAAGCAGUUUGACGCCACUUCAGGCAGGAAAUAG